UGGCCAUUGUCAUCGCACGCACUCCCAUUCCCGCACACCAACCCACCGGAGAAGAGCUAGUCGCCUCGUCUUGCCGCUUCGCCGCCGUCGCCGCCGCCGACGCCGGAGAAUGGGUUCUUUGCCGGAGCAGUUCGUCUUCCGCUCGAGGCUGCCCGACAUCGCCAUCCCGGACCACCUCCCGCUGCACGACUACGUGUUCGAGCGCCUCGCCGACCGCCGGGACCGCGCGUGCCUUAUCGAUGGCGCCACCGGGGAGACGCUCUCGUUCGGCGACGUCGACGCGAUGUCCCGUCGCGUGGCGGCUGGGUUAAGCUCGCUUGGCGUUCGUCACGGUAGUACGGUGAUGCUGCUGCUGCCGAACUCGGUUGAGUUCGCGGUGGUGUUCCUCGCGUCGUCACGGCUCGGCGCCGUCACCACCACGGCCAACCCACUGCACACCCCGCCGGAGAUCGCCAAGCAGGUGGCGGCGUCCGGCGCGACGGUCGUGGUCACCGAGCCGGCGUUCGUCGCCAAGGUGAGCGGCCUCGCCGGCGUCACCGUCGUCGCCACCGGGGACGGCGCCGAGGGGUGCGCCUCGUUCGCGGACCUCGCCGCCGCCGACGGCUCGGCUCUGCCGGAGGUAGCCAUCGACGUCGCCAACGACGCCGUGGCGCUGCCGUACUCGUCGGGCACGACGGGGCUCCCCAAGGGGGUGAUGCUGUCGCACCGCGGCCUGGUGACCAGCGUGGCGCAGCUCGUCGACGGCGAGAACCCGAACCUCCACUUCCGGGAGGACGACGUCGUCCUGUGCGUGCUCCCCAUGUUCCACGUCUACUCGCUCCACUCCAUCCUGCUCUGCGGCAUGCGCGCCGGCGCCGCCAUCGUGGUCAUGAAGCGGUUCGAGACCGUCAAGAUGCUGCAGCUGGUGGAGCGCCACGGCAUCACCAUCGCGCCGCUCGUGCCGCCCAUCGUGGUCGAGAUGGCCAAGAGCGACGCCCUCGACCGCCACGACCUCUCCUCCGUCCGCAUGGUCAUCUCCGGCGCCGCCCCCAUGGGCAAGGAGCUGCAGGACAUCGUCCACGCCAAGCUCCCCAACGCCGUGCUCGGACAGGGGUAUGGGAUGACGGAGGCAGGGCCGGUGCUGUCAAUGUGCAUGGCGUUCGCCAAGGUGCCGUCGCCUGUGAAGUCCGGCGCGUGCGGCACGGUGGUGAGGAACGCCGAGCUGAAGAUCGUCGACCCCGACACCGGCCUGUCGCUGCCCCGCAACCAGCCGGGGGAGAUUUGCAUCAGGGGAAGGCAGAUCAUGAAAGGGUACCUCAACAACCCGGAGGCGACGGAGAAGACCAUCGACAAGGACGGGUGGCUGCACACCGGCGACAUCGGCUUCGUCGACGACGACGACGAGAUCUUCAUCGUGGACCGGCUCAAGGAGCUCAUCAAGUACAAGGGGUUCCAGGUAGCCCCUGCCGAGCUCGAGGCCAUGCUCAUCGCCCAUGCCGCCAUCGCCGACGCCGCCGUCGUCCCGAUGAAGGACGAUUCGUGCGGCGAGAUCCCUGUGGCGUUCGUCGUGGCAUCCGAUGGAUCAGACAUCACCGAGGACGAGAUCAAGCAGUUCGUCGCGAAGCAGGUUGUGUUCUACAAGAGAUUGCACAAGAUCUUCUUCGUGAAGGCGAUCCCGAAGGCGCCGUCAGGAAAGAUUUUGAGGAAGGACCUGAGAGCGAAGCUUGCCGCCGGAAUUCCUGCGUGCUGAUGAAACUGGCAUGAGCUGCUUUCCUGAGAAGUCCAGCUACCUCUUCUUUUUUUUUUUUAGUUUCGAUCAUACU